AUGUCAUAUAACGUCCCCGAAGUGCCCACCGACGGACUCAAGCAAGAAGUUCCUAUGGACGAAAGUAAAAUCGAUGAAGUCGAUCAUGCCGUGGCUGAAAUUGACCCGGCAGCGGAGAAGCGGGUUCUAUGGAAGAUCGACCGAGUCAUCAUGCCUCUCGCCAUUUUGGUAUACUUCUGUCAGUACCUCGACAAGAGAGGUUUGGCUUUUGCCGCUAUCUUCGGUCUGAAGAAAGACUUGAAUCUCAAAGGUCAAGACUAUUCCUGGGCCUCAAGUAUUUUCUACUUCGGUACUCUCGCUUCUCAGCUCAUUUCCAUCAAAAUUUUGCACAUGUUCUCCAUCAAAAUUUACGUUGGAGUCACCGUCGUAUUAUGGGGUGGAGUCAUGAUGGCACAGGCUGCGCCUCAGAAAGCCGCCGACCUAUUGGCCGUUCGAUUUUUGUUGGGUUUGAUGGAAGGUUCAGCCUACCCUGCCUUCGUCUUGAUGAUCUCCUUCUGGUACCGAAAGGCGGAACACCCAUCCAGAUUCGCUAUGUUGGCCGGCGCCGACAUCUUCGCUCAGGCUCUCGGUGGUCUUUUCCUGUAUGGCCUCAGUUCAAUCAAAGGCCAUAUCCAUGGAUGGAGGAUCGCUAUGCUUAUCGCUGGUGGAAUCUCCAUCUGUAUCGGUCUCGCUUUCGCCUACUUGAUCCCAGCAAAUAUGAACGGCGCAUGGUUCCUCACUGCUGAGGAAAAGCAAAUCGCCCACGAUCGAGUCGCAAGGGAACACGCUUCAGCCCAUGAAAGACAUUUCCAAUGGGAUCAAUUCUGGGAGACUGUGAAAGACCCAAAAUUCUACUUGGUCUUCUCUUGGGCUUUCCUCCUUUGCGCCUGUACCGUGCUCAAUUUCGGUACCCUCAUUCUCAAUGGUUCAGGUUACACAAGUUUCAUCACUACGGUUCUUCAACUUCCAGCUUGUGCCAUGCAAGCCACCUGCUUGAUUCUCGCCACACUAUCCUGCAAAAGGUAUUGCCUUACGAAAAUAAAUGACCACUCGCUGGUUCUCUUUGGCUCACCACCUGUAACUAUCAUAUCUUAUCGGUCAAUCUUCUAUUAUCUCGGUUACGCCACUGGAUGUAUUGUCGGUCCUCAACUCUUCCGAGACGAACAAGCGCCACUGUACAAAACAGCCAUGAGAGCCAUCUCAUCCAUGUACGGAGUGUACAUCGUGUUCAUGCUCCUGUUCAUGGUGCUUUGUAAGAUGGAGAACAGCCGCAGAGAUCGAUUGGCCGCCGAGGGUAACGAAGAAGCUGUUCCUCGUCCUGCCGCAGAUUACGACAACAAGACUGACAAGCAGGAUUUGAGUUUCCGAUACGUCCUCUAG